AGGAGGAGAGCGCCGAGGCCGCGGGGUGGUGCGCGAGGCUCUGCGAGAGCCAGCAAGGCGCGGACGCGUUCGCGGACGCGGACGGCCUCGACGCCUUCCUGGCCGUGGCCAUGGGCCAGUCGAUGAAGGACCCGAGGGCGGCGGUGGCGGCGGCGGCCUGAUGCAGGCGCUGGCGCAGGCACUCAUGGCCGAUGUGAGCGAGUUCAAGCUCGCCGUCUUCGACACGAUCGCCGCGGCGGCACGCUGGCCCACGCUGCGCGGCCGUGUCGCGGGCUCGGGCGUGCUGGGCGUUCUGACGGCCAUGCUCCUCGCUCCGCGGCACCCGCCACCGGUCAAGGCCCUCAUGGCGCGCCUCUGCGGCCUGCUGGGGGUGGACGCCCCGGAGGCUGCGAGCCAGGGCGGCCCGCGCCGGGCCGAGGAGUUCGCAAAGCUGCGCAAGCAGCUGGUGCACUCCAACGCGCUGGCCGCCCUCGUCGCCCAGGCGCGGCCGGGCGCCGACCCCGAGGCGGCGGCCGCAGCCGCGGGCGCGCUGGCCGCCCUGGGCGGGAGCGAGAGCGAUGAGGCCACGCGGCGGGCGCUGGGCGGCGCGGGUGCCGUGCGGGCGCUCCUCGCCCGGCUGCCCGAGGACCAAGCGGCCAGCGACCCCGGCGAGGGGCCGGCGGACGCCGCCUCCAGUGAUGACGAGCAGGACUUCGGGCGGCGCGGGCGACCAGGCGCUGGUUUCCGCCCGCGGAGGCGCUGGCGCAGCUGGCCGCGGUCGAGGGGGCGGGCGCGAGGACGACGGGAGAUGCUGGCAGCGUUGUGGGAGCCGAGCGCGGUCGCGCGGCUGUGGCGGCUGGCGGGCGACGUCGACUCCGGGGGCGCGUCGGGCGCGCGCCGGGGCACUGGCGCGGUGGAGCACGCCCUGCGCUGCCUUGCCCUGGUGGGCGCGCGCGCAGGCGUCUGGCCAGAGCUGAACGAGGAGUUCACCGCCUCCCUUGUGCGCCUGCUCGUCUUCGGCAGCGAGG